UUUUCUUUGAUAAGAAAAUAGAUACAGUUUAACCAUGGCCACUUGACCCUAUUACGUCAAUGAAAACUAUCAUACACAGAUCACUCAUCGUAUUACACUGCUACAAUAAUCAUCUUUUACUGUCACAUGUAGAUCUAAUUACUGUACAGUGUUGUUAUAUAUUUGUUAGUUACUUAUCAACAUUAAUAUUAAUCUAUUUAGAUCUGAGGUGAAUUAGAUAGGUGUUAAUUGAGUUAUUAAAAUUAACAAAGUUUGUAUUUGAAUGUGUCAACUUUGUGAAAGUUUUUAGAACAUGAUCUAUCUUUUAUGUUUCAUCAUAGUAAAGUUUUAUUUAUUUAAUCAAACUAUCGCAGAAGAUGCAUUGUCUCCACUGAUAUUGACACCAUAUUUGGACAAGAAUAACAUUGAAGCUGCAAGAAGAUUGUCUAAGGUAACGCCAGAUAUUGGUGGUAUGACCAGUUAUGCAGGCUAUUUUAAUGUAAAUAAAACAUGUGAUAAUAAUUUGUUUAUGUGGUUUUUCCCAGCCAAAGAUGAUUGGCUCGAAGCUCCUGUGAUCUUGUGGUUGCAAGGAGGUCCAGGGUGGACUUCUAUGUAUGGAUUGUUUGAGCUAGUGGGUCCCUUUAACAGCUUCCCCAGUGGCCUACAAAGUAGGAACUAUUCCUGGAGCAACUUGAGCAAUAUUCUCUUCAUAGACAACCCUGUGGGAACAGGAUUUAGCUUUACUACUGGAGGUUGCUAUGCGGACAGUAUUGAUAUUGUGGUAGAAGGACUAUACUUGGCUAUCAUUCAAUUUUUUAAACUGUUCCCGGAACUGCGAAAUAGUAAGUUGUUUCUCUCAGGGGAAUCCUUUGCAGGACGCUACAUUCCUCCUUUGGCAGUAAAAAUACAUAGAAUGCUCGAGGAAAACAAAACGAGCUUGAACUUAGCAGGAAUAGUGGUUGGUGGUCCUAUGAUGAACACGGUUUGUCACGAUUACGGAAGCUUCCUCUAUCAUUUGGGAAUAGCUGACAGUAAACUACGGGAUGACCUUAACAAACACCAACAGAAGAUGAAGGCAAAUGUAGAAGUAAAAAAUUAUACUGCAGCUUUUGAAAAUUGGGUUUAUAUUAUAGAGAACUUGAUUGGAAACAAAACAGGAAUUAAAAACACAUAUAAUUUUCUACCAGAGUCUCCAGAUCUGAGUAAUUAUAGUGAAUUUGUUAUAGAGUCUGCGAUUCGAGGUCAGAUUCAUGUGGGGAACACUAACUUUUCUAAUGCGAACUUUGAUGUUUAUAAGAGAUUGAGGCACACAAUCAUACAGUCAUCCUCCUCUAGUGUUGAAGAAUUGUUGAAAACAAGGAAGUACAUUGUUGGUUUCUACAGUGGUCAAUUAGAUAUAAUAUGCAUGUACACUUCUACAGUUUGUGUUCUAGAAGACUUGAAUUGGCCAGGCAGGACAGAAUACAUGGAUGGUCCCAGAAAGAUCUGGUACCAUAAUGGUGAGGUAGUUGGUUGGUUUAAGACUGCUGACAACCUACUUCUGGAGGUCCUUAUAAGGGAUGCAGGACAUUCCGUGUCCUACUACAAGCCUGAACUAACUUAUAACCUAAUACACUCAAUAAUAUCAGCUCCCCCUGGGGUAAACCCACUAUGGAAACUUUCAACAAGUUAACAGUAAAAAAUUAUUUUAGUUAAAAAAUCCUUACAUAGUAAUCAAGCUGUUACCUAAUUAUUUUAAUAACCGAAUAUUUACAAGGUAGAAGUACGCCAAACUAUGUGUUGCGUAACACUGAGGUUACAUGUAAAAUUUACGUCAUUUCAUUCUCGAGAUGUUCUGCGCAUAGACAGACAGGCAGAGUCUCGAGCUAAUUUCUUACUACUACCAAAUCAAGAAUGCAUUUUUAGAGGCUACUUAUAGGCUUUUAACUAUUUAAAUUUCCCAGGACAGUUCACUUCUGGCUGGUUUAUACCUGCCAAUAGAACCUAUGUUGUGUAUAGCAAAACGUGAUCUGUUACUUGUAUCUGAGCACCCCAAUUUAGCUGUAUGUCAAGAACAUAACACCACUAAUUGUGAAUUCUUUGUUUGAAGUUGGUUUUUGACAAUGGAAGUAUUGUGAAGGAAACAGGAUUUUUCCGGACAUUUGCCAUUGUUCAGUGAUACAAAAAAUCAGUAACACUACAACCUUACCUAUCCUGUCACCUUACCAAAUAAAAUUAAGAAGGAAAGCAAUAAUAUAAAUUGGAAAGUUAGUUAUAUUGAUUUAAUUGAUGACAUUUUAUUCUAUAUAGGAACUAUUAACAAACAAUUUUUUUAAACAAUCAUAAAAAUACAUAAGUUAAGUAAAAGUAUAUUAGUUGUAACAAUUGUAAUUGUACUUGCAUUGUCUCAUGGUCUGUACUAGCUCCAUAAGGAUAAGUAUCUAACAAGAUGCUAUUCUUUUUAUUUGAUAGACAACUAUGUCAAUAAAGAUAUUUUUAUUUUAUUUGGCUCCUGAGAUCAACAGCUGAGUUGUAACUGUACUUUUACCACAACCAGUAGGAUAGAUAAAAACCAUCACUUUUAUGUCAUGACAAAUAUUGAAACAAUUACAAAAAGAAUUAAAACCAUUACCGUUUUCAUGUCUACAAGCCAUCUUUUGUUCUAUGCAAUUUAGCUUGGUUAGGAAUAAGAAAAAUAAAAUCCUUGCCUUGA